GCGGCAGCAGCAGCACCGGCGGCGGCAGCGGCUGUGGCGGUUUAUUUAUCAUCGCGGCAGCCGAGGGAGGCGAAACACACCCGAGGGGGAGUUGGGAACGAAGGAGAGAAAGGAUUUAUACGUCCACCAUCCAAGCAUGGCUACCCAAAGCACGGCAUCGUGCACCGGAUCCACUCUGCUGCAACCCAUCAGCGACAUUAUCAACCUCCCUCUCGACCAGGUUAAUUUUGUGGCAGGCCAGUUGUUUGCGCUGCUCAUGGCCGUGUGGUUCCGUCUCUACCUCCACCCCAGUAAGACCAGUCCCUUCGUCAGACAUGUGGUGGCCACUCUUCUGGGCUUCUAUUUGGCUCUCUUCUGCUUUGGCUGGUAUUCCCUCCAUUUCCUGGUGCAGAGCGGUUUGUCCUACAGCGUCAUCGUCUUCGCCGGCCUGGAGCACAUGCACAAGUACUGCUUCAUCGUGACGCUGGGCUAUUUGAUUGUGUGUCAGGUCACACGCGUCUACGUGUUUGAUUACGGCAUGUACUCUGCAGAUUUUACCGGGCCCAUGAUGGUGAUAACACAAAAGAUUACGAGCCUGGCCUUCGAAAUACAUGACGGUCUGACCAAACGGGACGCACAGCUGACUCCAGGUCAGAAAUACCUUGCUAUCAGGCGAAUGCCCAGCUUGCUGGAGUACCUCAGCUACAAUUGCAACUUUAUGGGCAUCCUGGCGGGACCCACGUGCGCCUACAAUGACUACAUGGCUUUCAUCGAGGGCACGUGCUACCAACCGCGUCAUCAGGAGAACGCCAACGGCAAGGAGAACGGCAAGCACAAGCAGAGCGAGCCUUCGCCCAAGGAUGAUGUCAUCUCCAAAUUGUGCACUUGCGCCAUCUCUCUGGCCACCUACUUGUCACUUUGCAAGCUGAUCCCAGUGGAGCGCUGCAUAGAUGAAGAUUUCAUUUACAACACACCCUUCUACCUACAAGUGGUCUACCUUUACCUGGCCAUGCUGGCGCUUAGACCAAAGUACUACUUUGUUUGGACACUCGCCGAUGCAAUCAACAAUGCAGCAGGAUUCGGCUUCAACGGCUACAACAAAGAUGGCUCCCCGCGGUGGGACCUGAUUUCAAACCUUAGAAUUCUGGACAUUGAGUUUGCCACCAGUUUCAAGCUUUUCCUUGACAACUGGAACAUCCAAACAUCUCUUUGGCUCAAAAGGGUGUGUUACGAGCGCUGUCCCAUCAACCCCACGGCCGCCACCUUCCUGCUGUCAGCAAUGUGGCACGGCGUCUACCCGGGUUACUACUUGACAUUCCUCACUGGCAUCGGGAUGACCAUGGCAGCACGUGCAGUAAGGCACAACGUCAGACCUUACUUCCAGGUCUCGGACAUAUCCAAGCGCAUCUAUGAUGUCAUCACGUGGGCGUGGACUCAAGUUGCCAUCAGUUACACAGUGGUGCCAUUCGUCCUAUUGGCUGUGGGGCCCUCGUUCAAGUUCUACAGGUCUUGGUACUUCUGCCUACACCUUCUGUGUCUACUGGUAGCGCUGGCCCUGCCGGUCCGAUCGCGACGUCGCGAGGCCAAAGGUCAACAGGGAAGCACGCGGAUGGACAGAGGCGCCACAAACAACUGCAGCCAGAAAGUCAAAACCACAUGAGGCUCGGCACAAAAAGCAUCAGUAGGACGAAACGGACACCGCUGGGAGCUGGAGUCUGUUUACGGACCAGGAAGCAAACAUUUGGACGUGCUUGGACGGAACCUGACCAUACUUCCAGUAGCAAGGGAGGACAGAGUGGUUGCAUUACAUUUUACUUGUGGAGAUAAAACUGAAUUCCAAGCUGCCUUAAACCCUCUAUGUACCUGGCAGGUGAAACAACAACACAUUUGGAUGACACAAAUACACGUGCGGUCAGUAUGUGGAGGGUUUUUGUCACUGUCUGGAUACAAGCCUCUGUUAGGUGGGAACGUUACGUUUAUCAUCAGCUGCCAACUUUCAAACAGGCCUUAGGAUCCUCAAAAUAUUGAUUUCACUCAACGCCGAGUUGACACUAAUAAUACGUGUUUUGUAUUUCGAUGUGACGACACUAUUCCCCGACGCUUUCUUUUGCAGAAUGAAUAGAAAAGUCCCAAAGAGGAAACCCAGAGCUUGUCUGUCUCCGGAGAUGGAAAUGUCUCGCCCAAUGGAUUUUUACACAGUAUAUAUUUUUGUUCUGAUUUUUCGGCAACAUCAAAUAUCUGUGCGGUUGAAAAGGGAGAUGAUUAACUCUGUUGUGACUUUGGGUAAUUCCUUUCAAGGUGAGUUUUUUUUUCUUCCUAGUUAAUUUGAUUUUGAUGUUCCUGUUUUUCACACCGCAGCCUUGCAACAUGAAACGAGCCCCUUAAACGACAAAUAAGUCAAUACUUGCAUUUCCGCAAAUAGUGGCCUCUGCUUCAAUAUGAGCUAAUUACUUGCUAGCUGCAUCAUUCACUUUAAGAAAUACCUCCUUCAAAUAGGAGUCUUUCAAACAGGAGUCGUUUUUCAUCACAAUAAAAACAAAUGGCUGUAAUUACUAGGGCUGAAUGAUUUUGAAAAGUAAUCUAAUUUCAUUUGUUUUCCUCCCCACAAUAUUGCGAUUUGAUAUGUGAUUAUUUUUUUCAAGAUCCUCUUUCCAUGUACAUAUAGACUGCACUACUUAAGCACUGAAUUUAUCUAGACACUAAAUAAAUAAAAUAAUAAUGUAAAUUAUGUAUUUAAAAUAAAGCUUAGCGACUAACCAAAAUAGGUUUUUUUUUUAACAUUGCAGCCUUUGCAAAUUGAAAAUGAAAUGAAUGAAAAAGAAUGUUUUUCACUGCAAUGUCAAUUUAAAUGUAAUUUGUUCAGCCCAAGUAAUUACUUGUAGUUGUGUCAAAGGGAUAACUUCCAAGCCUUUUUUUUUUUUAACUCUGUUGCUAACCAAAACAGCAACACUGUUUCAGGUUGACAGUUUCACUGAUGAAAUAAAGCGUGAGCUUUCUGUGCAAUAUCAAAGUUGAUCCUGUGUUAUGUGUAGACGCCGUCUUUGAUGAUUUGUGUUCUAUGUGAUCACUCCACAAUGUUGCGUGACCAUGUUUAUAUGUUUCAAGGACCUACACAAUGUAUUAGUUCUGUAUCGUAUUUGAUUCUUCCCGACACUUUAAUUGAUAUAAAUCGUAAAUACCUACCAUUAUUUGCAGCUGACAAACUUCAACACCCAUGGCCACUAUUUGAGGAAAUACGGAAACUAUGGUACUUGCCAGUUAUAGCGACAGUGCUCUAAACACAUUUUGUCACUGAUGUGGACUGUUAUUACACACGGACGUUAACUACUGAGGCGAUUUGAACUCUGUUGCUAACCAAAUCAGCAGCAGCAGCAAAGCACUUGGACAAUUUUUCAUUUAAAACCAAGCGUCGUGUUUCCCAGCAGUGAGUUCAGUGCGCAGUAUUAAAGGAGACCUUAAGAGGAAGGGGAAGUCGAGUCAAAAAUUUUGUUCAAUGCACCCCCACUACAUGGUAUUAUAUUGCAAUUGUGGAAUAUGAAUGAAGCAAAAAAAAAAAAAUCCACUUGCUUUUAUCUGAGACGGUCGGCCAUUUUGCUUUGUAUUGCCACUUGCUGGCGACAGAAAAUGACCUCACAGCGUCUCAGGUCUCAUCUUGCGAGCAUCACAUGACCAAACUCAGAGAACAGAUGAGACUGUGAUGUCAUUUUCAGUCGACAGCCAGCGGCAAAAUGGAGAUGGAGGGAUGGUUUUAUCUUCUGAACUCGUAUUCCACAAACAAUAUUAACCAGAAUACCACAUUUAGACUAGUGGGGGUGCAUAAAACAUACUGUCAUGAAAAUAUUUGACUUGACCUUUAGUAGUGUUUAGCGUUCCAGUACAGUCUGACAUGUUCUCAUUCCACAAUGUUGUGUCCGUCAAUUGUUGCGAUUCAGGGAGCCCCAUGCAGCUUGUGAGUUCCGCCGUGUACUUGCCAUGUCUAAGCAUUUCUACAUACGAGUACUUAGUAUGGUAUGUCAAACUCCAGUUCCAAUUGCUUUAAAUAGAAAUAUAUUGGUAAUUCCAUACAGCGUCGUGCCUCCUUCCCAGAAUUGACACUCUUCUUAUCUUCAGUUGACAAAAAAAAAAAAGUCCUUCACCUCUACUUGCGGAGAUUUUGGAAACUAAUAAGACUUUAUACAUCUUGUACAGUUCCAGUACUAAUAUUCUAAUGACGCCCUGUCAACUUAAAUGAUCUUUAUUUAAUUGUCAGCGUAACCAUAAUGAUUGGGAAAUAAAAUGGUCCAAAUAGGUGCACAGUGCAUAAAAAGCACAUAAUGCACUGAGGCUACAAGAGUGAGUGCAAUUUGCUUUCAUUGUCAUUGUGUUGUCAUUUGACUUGAUGAUGUUGUACAAAGACCGGAUGUCGUGUUAACUUAUUUUUUAUGUUAGAAUAGGGGAUGUUUCGAGGUGCAUUUACUGUACGUUGUAAGAGACACUGAGUUCUUGUGUUGUUGUUUUCUUUGCUUCACGUCAAGCCUUCUUGUUUGUUGUAACACACGCACACGCACACGCACACGCACACACACACACACACACACACACAUUACACCCUCGUGACUCUGUCCUGACGCCAUCAUUGCUAAGAAGUCACAGUUCUACAUAUCCUUCAAAUGAGGAACUUCAUGUUCACUUUGUGACCUUUCUUUUGUUGCAUUUGUAAAAUAACAACAAAGCAGCCAAGUUGACUUUUGGAUUUCUUUUUUGGGACGCUUUAACAUUUUGCAUAUUCCUGCCAUAAUGUGUGUCCUGUAUGAGAGUUUGUGUGUGUAUGUGCGUACCUGUGUUCAUGUAGUUCGUACAUAUGUAUAUUUGUAGCGCGGCCCGCUACAGGUGAAAAUCACCUGUAAGAUAAAGAAAGGGAUGUCAGUCAUUCUGCAAACAAAACAUUUAGGACAUGAUUACACUGCAUGGCCACCAAAACCAGCAGAUCAAUGCAAACUGCUCCAUAUGUCCAAAGUGCCAAAGCAUUCAAUGGCGCAUUCCCACCCCCCCAGUUUCUUUUGUGUGUAUGCGUGCAUGUGCGCCUGCCUAUGUCUGUGGGUGUGUGCUCGCGAGCGUGCUUGUGUCACAGUUAUUUUUGUGUCCGAAGGAAAUUUAUUGAAAGAUUUGUAUGACAGUUCAUUACAAUUCUGAUUUAUGUGGCAAAAUAAAGAGAGGUUAUUUUUAAACACCACUGCUGAUACGCUGAUGUUUGAAAAUACGUAAAUGUAUUUUUUUGCUUAAAUUAGUUUUAGUCAGAUAGGAAGACUUCACUGAUGUGGUCAUUUAAAAAAAAAAGUGAAAAUUAACAAAUUGUAUGUGAUAAGGUGACUGGUGAUUGUUUAUUUUACUGUACUAAAUGCGCAGGUGUACUUGUUUACAAAACAAACCCAUGGUAAAUGGGAGUCAGCACACACUUGCCACAAUUUAAAGUGCCUCUGAUUAACCCCUGACAAGUUUGGAUCUAGUAGGCUUUUCCUGACCUUUUUUGGUGCUUUUUAGCAGAAUCUAAAUGUACAUUAAACAUUUUACACGGUC